AUGGCGUCAACCUCUAGUUCCGCCGCAGCUAGGAGAUCUCCGUCGCCCCCGCCACCUCCUCCACCGCCUCCUCCAGCACUGCCGCCACCACAAUCUUCUCUACGCAAUCCGUUCGAGCCGGACAUACAGUCGCCACCGCGCAACUACAUAGAAGAAAUAGCCAACAAGAGAAGAAAAAUCGAACAAAGGCAAGACAAAUCACUCAUCCAUGGCUUCACACUUCAAGAAGAACACGCUGCAAGAAUUCUCCAAUGCAACAGUCUCGUUCCUCUUCGAGAAGCAAUCGAUGAAUACGCUCAAACCAAGAAUCAAAGGUUACUAACAAUCUUCAAAUCUUUCGCACGUCUUUACCCUAAUUCGUUCUCAUUCAAACUCGCUAAAAUCCUCCAACUCCAACCUUCGCUUCAAAUUCGAACCGAAGUUGUUACUUUUCUCCUAAUCACUCUUCACGAAGGGGUAAACAAGCCGAUGAAUUCUUCUAUCCUAUUACAACUCAAAAAUCCUCUCCUUAAUUCACUCAUGAUGGAAUCUGAAGAAAUUAUGUUUCCUUGGCUUUGCGAAUUGAUCGGUCAAGUCGCGGAAAGGUUGUAUCUAUAUUCUCUUGGCGGUUGGGAUGAGCUUCUUCAGUACUUUAUCACGUGUCUUUCUGGCGAAUCGGAAUUGAAUAAUAAGAAAGGGUUUAUAAUGUUAACAGAAUUUCCGGUGGAUGUUGCUCAAAAUAAAGAGUUCUGGCUGAAUGAUGGGAGGUUUGAUCUUGUCUGUGCGAAAAUUUUGGAAUCAGUUUACUCGGAUGAUAAUGAAUCGAAGGCAUUGGGAUACAAUGCAGCGAUUUCUUUGAUGUUAUUGUCAAAGGAUCUUCAGAGAACAAAUGUAUCCGAAAUUCUCUUGCCGAUGUUGUUGAAUAUAAUCGAUCAGCACGAAGAAGAUGCGGGUUUGGUGAGUAAGCUUAAGCGUUUAGUGGAUUUAGUUACGUUGGACGAUGGAAAUAUCUUGAGGGGAAAACACCGUGAAGUGUUUUGGUGCAUGAUUCAAGUAGCGGAGAUAGAAGAUGCGAGUGAUGAACUGAGAUAUGAAGCGGUUAAUAUCAUCAGAGAGCUUGAUAAGGAGAAUGUGACUGCGAUGGAAGGUGUGAUAAAGAAUCUUUCUCUAGCGGAUAUGAGAAGGGUAGUUGAGGUUGCUAUCAACAUGAUGGCGUGCAUUGUUGAGGAUCCUCUUUGGUUUGAUGUUGACAAUGAUGAUUGUAAAAGUGCUGGGUUCACAGAGAAUUUUAACCUUGGGCAAUACUUGUUGAAUUGCCUCUGUUUAGAUGGGGUUGAUAGGGUUUUUGUUCCCACGGCAAUUGACAUUAUAAGAACGAAGUUUGCAUCUGAUAUGCUUUGGCGAUUACGUCAUGCAGCUAUGUUUGCCAUUGCUUCAAUUGCAGAGAAAAACUUCAAUGGGAUGGGCAUGAUUCAUCACUUUGAGAAAGUUGCAAUGCUGGUCCUCAAUUCGCUGGAUGAACUGCAUUACCGAGUACUUUGGGCUACUAUGCAUGCAAUUAAGCAUUUGAGUGAAUGUAAGCAACUCUUAAUGCAUACUCAAUAUGACAAGAAGUUCUUGGAGAAACUAGUUCCCAUCGCGAAAUGUAACUCUUGUGCCCGUGUACAGUCAUAUGCUGUUAUUGCCAUUCGUCUCUUGGUAAUCACUUGUGGCUUAGACAAAAUAUCCCCUUUUGGGGAACCAAUUAUAGCAUCAUUACUCAUACUUCUUAAGCAUGAAAAAAUGAAGUUACAAGGAGAUGCUAUUGAUGCCCUGAAAUCCAUUGCAGUUUCAAUGCCGGGAAUUUUUCGCCAAAAUCAUUACGAUUCAACAAUGGAAGCAUUGAAAGUCACUGUGUUCAAUAAGUAUAGUUUACCCAAAUUGUUUCUCCGCGCCAAAUGUCUAGAAUGCAUGGUAUAUCUUGUUAGAAAAGUUGGGCCAGAUAAUUUCAUAGAAGAGGAAGCUGUUCAGGUCGUGGAAUCUCUAAUAUCACUUGAUGGAAAAUUGAGCAAAACACAAUACUUAAUAAAAUGUAUCGUCUUAAAGGCUCUGGAACAAAUCUGUCAAUGCCCAAGAGUGAGCAUUGACAAAUUUAUCGAUAAAAUCACGCCGAUGUUGCUUGUGGAUGAUAAGCCAUAUGAGGAUAGGUUUGCCAUUAUAUUUUACCUAGAUGAUGAUGAAAAAAGAUUGGUUGAAACUAUGAGAGUUCGGGCUUGUAAUACACUGUCAUAUUGUGCUGUUCGGUCAUCUAUAAACUUUUCUCCCCACAUUGGCAAGGUCACUCAAAUGUUUAUACGUUUGCUUGGUUGCUCUAGUUUUAAAAUCCGCAAGGCUUCUAUUUUAGGUCUUUCAAAACUAUUACUCUCACUUAAAGUAGGUGACAGAAGUAAUCAGACUAAAAGAGAAACGACUUUGAUCAUUGUGCAAGCUCUGGUUACAUUUUUGAAGCACAUGCAGGAAACUGAUAGGGAUUUGUCUGCACUAGUAUUGAGGUUACUUGCUAGAUGCAUUCAGACCUUUAGCUCAUUUUUCACUGAUCAAUUGAUCAAGGAUAUUGCCGAUGAGUUAAACGAUACAAUAAAAAAGAUUAUUAAAUUUGAAAUAGAAAAAGCACAAGAAGAGGGGACUUCAGAAGAUUUAGAUGAACCUUUGCCACCGGAAGAACCAACUGAGGAAGCAGUUCAAUUAAUAGCAACAGCGAUUGACACAUUUGGAGACCAAUUCAUGCUGCAUGUUGAUACCCUAAUGUCAAAUGUUGUGGUGUUUUUGGCCGAUGACAAACCAGAUAGAGAGAUAGCUUUUGCAAUUUCCAUUUUUAACGUUAUCUUCCCACUAUUCCCAGACAAAUUGCCACAGUAUCAUGGAAAAUAUGGUUCAAUCUCCUAUCUUGCUUUGAGGAAAAAUUAUCCUUGUGCCCGGCUGCAUGCUACACGGGCAAUAGGUAUCUGUGCUAUGUUUGGAGGAGAUCAAUUUAAAGCCUCUGCAAGAGGUAGUAUCUUAAUACUAUAUAAUGUCAUGAGUAACGGGCGUUCAACAUUAUGUGAUACGGCAGUUGCAUCUCUUGGAAAAAUCUAUGAAUUUCAUCGUGAUUGUAUCAGCGACCCUGAGAUGGUUGAAAAAUGGUUAAACUUCUUACCAUUGAAGCAUGAUUUCAAUGAAGCUAGAUAUGCACAUGGACUGCUAGUUAAAUUGAUACAAAGGUCGGAUGAAUACCUUUUUGGAAGCAAUAACAAGAAUCUUCCCAGGAUUAUUUCCGUUGUAAAAGGAAUUUUAUCUGGACCUGACCGCCUGGGAACUGAGGAAGCUAUUACUCAGAUGAUUGACUUCGUGGAAAAACAUCGUGCAUGGAAAUCUUAACUGCGGAAGCAUCAAGCGCAACUACCUCCCUCUAAUUAUAUUAGGCUUCAAUUGGAACUGAAGGAGGUGCAUGAGUUACUGGUUUCAAAUUGAAUUGUAUAAUAGACAACAUUUGUACAUACAAAUACAAAUAAUACAAAUAUGCAAUAAUCCCCUCAUUGAGUAUAUAUACCAUGAGAUGUGGCUUUUGUAACAAAU